GUAACUUUUUCAAAAUUCACUGUAUGUUUUCAUUGCAUACGGUAUCUAGCUACUGGUGGGCGGAGUCCCACCCUCACUCACAUAGGAAACCAUGUUCACUUUCAUAUCGUUAUAAGGAUGAUGUAACAUUAAUAUUACCAUUAUCUAAAUUGUCCCACCCCCACUUCCAGGUGUCUGGUCAUCCCCUGAGCUCAGAGGAGAGAGACCUCCUCCCUGUUCCCACUUCACCUUCACCAUGGUGGACCAGCAUAGAGCAGCCCUCUUUGGAGGGCUCCUAUCUGGUCGUGGUGGUAGAGUCAAUGAUGUCUACCUGUUUGACUUCAGGACCAUGGAGGUCACUAAGGUGAAGCCAGUACAGGAAGAGCCAUGGCCAGUGGGAGGUCAGUCCAUGCUGCCUGUUGUCUCAACUAUGGCCAGGACCACCCUCAAUUACUGGUGUACGGAGGAUUGGGUAAUAGCCUCAAUGCACUGAAGGACAUGUGGAUACUGGAUGUUGACACUGGCAAGUGGACAGAGGUGACACCUCCUGAGUCAAUGACACCACGUCACCUCCACUCCAUCACUGCCACCAGUCUGGGACCAGGACUCACUGAGGUCCUCAUGUUUGGAGGCCGUCGGGAGUGGAUGGGAGAUACCAUUGCUGAGACCACUAUACUGACAUUUGAGUUGACUGGACCCUCAACGUCUGUUGCUGGACCCUCGGCUGGGAAGUGGGCUCUCGUGGAUGUGACCCACAACGACACUAGAGGCUCCCCCCUGCGACUGAGUGAGAAGAGGAUCAGAGAAGCAACUGCUCUUGCCUCAUCAGUCAGUGAGACCAGUGACCACUCCUCUCAAGACCGGGUGAGGGCUCUGGAACAACAGUUACGAUCAGCAGAGCAGAGAGAGCACGACACUCAACGUCACCACCAACUACAGUUGCAAGAGAAGGAUCGAGAAUUGGGUAUUACAGAUCGAGAAUUAGCUACGAAAGAUCGUGAAUUAACCGAGGCCAACCGUCGUCAUCGAGAUGCGGAGGAAAGAGCACAGCUGGCAGAGCAAAGAGAGCAAGCUACACAAUUACUUUUACAAGUGAAAGAUCGAGAAUUGGCUGAGGCCAACAGAAGAGAAGCUGACCUGUCUGCUCGAAUCACAGCUCUCAGGAGGGAGUUAGAAGGCAAGACGAAAGAGUUGGCAGCACACAACACAGAGGUGUGGAGGAUUCCGGCCAACAGAGUGAUCACGAUGAGAACGAUUGGCUCUGGAGGAUGGGGGGAGGUGCUGGAGGGAACAGUGGCGGUGGCCGUCAAGCGACUCUUUGCUGCCAUUGUCAACCCACACAAUUUGGAGAGACUCCAGAGAGAAAUGAUGCUCUUGGCUGAAGUACGACACCCCAACCUGGUGCAGUUCAUUGGUGCAGUGUUUGACCAGUCCCCUCCUCUCAUCAUCACCGAGCUUCUGGACAUGAAUCUUCGACAAGCGUACGAGAGGAAUCAACUGUACCCAGGAAACCGCCUCGCGAUCUUCAUGGACAUUUCCCUAGCUCUGAACUACCUGCACCAGCGCUACGAUCCCAUCAUCCACCGUGAUGUGAGUGCUCCCAACGUCCUCCUCCAGCGAAUGCCCAACCACCAGUGGAAGGGGAAGGUCUCUGACCUCGGCUCAGCCAACUUCCUGCAGCAUGCUCAUACGAUGGGAGAGGGGGCCAUAAUCUACUCCCCUCCUGAAGUCAUCCCUCAACCGCUUGCACGACCUCCUCCACAAACUGUCAAGAUUGACGUGUACAGCUACGGCAUUGUGUUGGCUGAAGUGACUGCCAGUCGAUUUCCGAGUCAAGACAAUUUCCCUGAGAUGUUUGAGAGAAUCAAGAGAGAGCGCCCUGCAGUGUACGAGCUCAUACUCCGCUGUAUUGAGAGAGAGCCCAGCCAUCGACCCAGCAUGGCACAGGUGAUGGUGGAACUGAACAAAAUAGCACCCUUUUAACUAUGAACAAUGUGAACACUUAUAAUUAUCUAGUAUACCGUCUUUUUCUUGUGAUUUUUAAUUACUUCAUGAAUUAUAUUUUUAACUUUGGCUUUUGUAGUGCGUGUUUGCACUCUCCUAUUAUGAUGAUUACUAUUGACUUUAUCUCAGU